AUGCAGACCAUCCUUGGACGUAUUCUGACCAGAAGAUCUAUGGCCACCUCCAAGAUCAUACUGCAGCAAGCCAAAAACAGUCCUCCCCUGGUUGCUUCAAGCUGUCCCGCGGGCACUCCGCUCAACUUGCAAAUCAAGAAGUCUGGAAAAGAGCCAGUGGCUUUGGAGGACCACGAGUAUCCCGAAUGGCUUUGGAAAGUGCUGGAUCAAAAUGCACAGCUCAAGAAACUACAACAAGACCCAAUGAAACUGCGUAAAAAACAGUUAAGGUCUGCUAAUCGUGACAAGAUCAAGCAGAACAACUUCCUGUCGGAGAUUUGA